AUGUCGCGUAGCUCUUACAUCAGUCGCAAGCCACUGCCUCCUAUACCCUCGAACCGUGUCGAGUUUCUGGAGAACGAAAAGGAAGAGAUAAGAAAACUACCAAAGCCAUGGAUUCCGAUUACCCUCGGGCCAAUAUACAUGGGCGUCCUUAUCCUGGCGACUGCUGGCUUGAUAGUAGUCAUCCAAUUGCUCCUCAGCAUCAGCCAGCGCGAUCAGGGCAUCUUGUUCGCCAAGGAUAUCAACGCUUUACCGUUGUCUCGGUCGUUCGGCUACCUGUAUCUGCCAACCAUCAUAUCUGUUGUUUACAGCUUUCUGUGGACUUGGGUUGAUCUGGAUGUCAAGCGGCUGGAACCGUACUUUCAGCUUUCAAAACCUAGUGGAGCCGUAGCUACCACUUCCAUCCUGCUGAGCUACCCUCUGGAGUUCUUGGCGGCUAUACCUUUCAGUGCUUACAAGAAUAAACACUGGUCGGUGUUGGCCGCUUCUGUCGCCAUGAUAUCCGUCCUGUGGGGUUUAACUCCGACGCAAGCGGGUAUCUUUGCCGUGAGGACGAUCAGGGUCGAAGGAAACGUGCAAGGAUCCUUUUCGAAGUCAUACACGCCCAUAAGUCAACAAGGAAACCUGACAGCUAUCUAUGCGCAGUCAGUCUWCAACAUCGCUUGGCUGAACGAGACUCUGCCUGCUUACAUGACAAAAGACUAUGUCAUCGCAGCCUUUGGACCAUCCGAUGCACUCAUUCCCGACGCCACCAAUAUUACAUACACGGGGAGCACAAAGAUGUACAGCCUAGAUGUUUCAUGCGAGACCGCUGUAUUGACUAACACGUCGGGAUCGGUCAAAUAUAACACUUCGCAARGAUGUAGCUUCUAUGCUCCAUCGUUUCGACCCGUUGGAGGAAACGAUACAUCGAAGCCUUUUGACACCAUGUAUGUUGGUUAUCAGAACUUGAAUGGAGUAGCAGACUAUUAUUUGUCGUACGACUGCGAUGAAAGGUUCUUUCAUAGCUUUUUCGUUCGCUGGUCAAAAGCCACUGUGGCAGCGAUCGAAUCUGGCGACAUGGAUGGCUCCCCAAGCCCAUCGCAAGCAGCUGCCACGUCGCUAUUUUGCACUCCUACGUACUACCAGCAAGAGGUGAAUGCAACCAUUAGUUGGCCAUCCAAAUCCGUGCUCCAGGUCAGAUCUGAUAGCGAGAAGCUUCCUUUACCCGAUGACUUAUUCAACGUCAGCGCUCUGGAGUGGACCAUGAACUCUGGCGUGACGAAGUUGCCUACCAGAAGCACGUUCCCAAGGACCGGAUUUCCGGACCAGAAGUCACAGCUGAUGAACGUGCCUCUGAAUCUAGCAUAUAUCCCUAGAAUGGCCCCUUUUGCAAUCGCAACAUAUCAGCGCCCCCUCGAGGACUACUUAGAUGCCGAGACUUUGCGGCUAUCGUACCAAUCAGCAUACCGUUUGCUUUUCGCCCGACAGAUGGUAGACAUCUUGGCCAAGGGUAUCAGUGGGGGCGAUGAUUCACCACUGGAGCGCUCAUAUACUACACAGGCCGUAGUGUUGAUCCCCGAGUUCUCCUACGCGGCUACGUGCAUAUUGUCGUUCGUGCUCAUACUUGCGGCUGGUCUUCUACUAUACACUCCACGGAGAGCGAAUGAACUAAGAAGUGACCCUGCAACGAUCGGCGACCUUAUGGAUCUUACCAUGGGUGAAAGAGGAACCCUCGAGCGUUUCAUGGACCUGGAUUAUAAGAGCACUGCAGAUGUUCAGAAGGCGUUAGAACGAACAUCGUUUCGCCUUACCGAGACAAAGAUACGAGUGCGAUCCCCUGAACGUAGGGCGGAAGAACCACUGCUUUCUACAACCACGACUACUGGGUCAAGUGAUCCACUGGAGUCUAUACCAACGACGCCCAGCGAUCGACCAUCCCGAGGUGUGAGGCCAGCUGAAAUGAAAAUCGGGAUAGGAAUUGCAUUCCUCGCGGUCCAAGUCGCAGCAUUGACAACUUUCCUAGUGCUGUACCUCCUAGCCAAAUACAACAACGGUUUGGCUCUCCCUUCAGGCUCGACUUUCGUGCGACAACUCGUUCAGAAUUACAUCCCGAUAGCGCUGGCUACUUCGAUAGAGCCAUUCUGGCUCAUCCUUAACCGACUUCUCUGUCUACWCCAGCCAUUUGAGGAGCUUCGCAAAGGGAAUGCCUCUGCCUCGAGAUCGGUCGACCUAGACUAUAGCUCUUUCCCACCACAGCUGUUGCUUGGAAGAGCUAUACGCUCAAAGCACUUCAUCCUAGGACUUGUGUCUCUCAUGGUACUCUUAGCUAAUGUAUUGGCGGUCGCGCUGAGCGGUCUAAUGUACGAAGGGACCAGAAUAAUUGCGACUGCAGCGGAGUUUCCGCUGCCCCACGCAGCACGGUUUGGCGUCUUGAAUGGUACAGGCCUCCCCUUCAACACGGACGUGGCCAGCAAUUGGCAGGGUGGCACAACAUCAGAUCCAUUCUAUCGCCAGAUGUCGAACUUGACAGCGAAUACCUCUUUGCCGGCCUGGUCUGACCAGCGUCACGCGUUCUUGCCGGCCAAUCUAGUUUCGCCCGACGACAAUACCACCUUUCGAAUGACCACAUGGUCGUUCGGUGCGGAUUUGAAUUGCCAAACUCUCGAAUUGUCUGGACCGCAACAUUACACUUUAGCAUUCUCGGAUGAUGCGAAUGAUGCUAAUCUGACUGUUAUCUUGRGCCAAAAUGGAUCGAACGUCGCUUGUACGAACUUCGAAGGCAGUACGACAUCAUCAGCCCUGAGAGUCCUAGGUCCGCUGUCUGGCCAUGUGGCACUGGAGAUCAACUCGAUGCUCUCUAGCAACAGGACUACAGAAGAUGAUUUGUUAUGCAGACAACACAUCGUCGCUGGAUGGGUUCGUGCCGACUGGGAAGUCAUGACUGGCAAAGGAGCUGGCAGAUCUGAGGGCGGAUACCCAAAGAUGCGUACAACAUCAAGGAAUGAGACGAUGCUCCUCUGCUCACCAAAAAUCAUGAUUGGCACAGCCGAGCUUGUCGUAGACGGCAAAGGCAACGUUCAAGAGUCAUCGUCUACGACAAUGGAAACCGGUCAGAUUGAUGCAUAUUUCGCCAGCUCGCCAUCAGAUCUCAUUGCCCAGGCCAAUCAGUUCCUAGUGGACAGUGGAAGCACCUGGCACAACGACUCGAAUCCAUCGGACUUUGUGAAUUAUCUGAUAGCAACAAGGACCAACGACUUCUCUCUGCUCGAUGCCUCCGGACCUGUGCCAAAGCCUGAGAGUGCAGCAGAGCAAUUUGCUGAAACUUACAAUCAGCUUUUCGCGACUCUUGUUGGAUCCAAUGCUGAUCUACUGUUCGAGAAGUCGUCGGAUGACAGCAAAGUCUCGGGCGUCAUCCUUCAGCCCGAAACUCGCAUACUGUUCUCAGAAUCAGCUUUCGCGGUGACCCAAGCGAUUUUGGCAUGUUACAUCAUUACGACCAUAUUCUUCUUUGCGCGACGGCCUUGGCGGAUCCUUCCUCGACUUCCUUCUACCGUCGCAUCGAAUAUUGCCUAUUUCGCUGCAAGUCGCGCAAUCGAUGAUCUUCAUUCAGCGAGACAUGUCUAUCGAGACGCGACACCGAAGAACGUGAGAUCAUAUUGGAAGUGGGGAUAUGGGGUGUUCAGAGGCAGAGAUGGUUCUAGCCAUCUCGGGAUUGAGAGAGAACYUCUGGUCACAAAGUUGAGAGAGAGUACUGCAAAAGUCAAAGUCGCGCAGAAAAGUUGA